GAAUGUCUCUGUGCGCACCCCUGCGCAUGCACAUAUAAUGAAUGUCUGUGUGCGCACACCAUACACAACACAACACACAGAUGACAACGCAUCUGCCUCGCCCCUUCUUCCCCCCUCCCUCUCUUCCCUGUCCCAUCUUACCUGUGUCAGGUCGGCACGAGCUGGUUGCCCCACACGGCCCGCCAGUGGCUGUGCUGCAGCUCAUCGUGUCCCAGUAGCUCUUGCUGUAGUAGAGGGAGGGGGGAGCGGGGAACGCAGGGUGACGGUGCUCCAACAUCCUUGCCUCGGACCAACACGGCGAAAUCCCACGGCGUCUUGCCCUGUUGUCAUGACAUGAGAUGAGAUGAGAUGAGCACUCAACCCAUCGAUGAUGUGAAUGUCUGUGUGCACUCACGUCGUUGUUUUUGAUGUCCAGCAGAGCACCGCCGCCCCACUCGAGCCUUUGAGAAUGGCACAGAGAGACAGAGAGUGUGUAAGAUGUUCGCAUCAGUCAUUCAUCAGUGUCGCCCACAGCUGAGACACAGCGACAGAUUGGCCCCUGUCCGCAGCCACAUGGAGUGCCGUCAUGCCGUGCUGUGUGUGUCAUGCACACAAAGAAAGGCAAUCAAACAUGUCAGAGUUACGUUCAUUGUCUCCCGGCCUUCUGUGUGACCUGGUCCUUUUGUGUGAGGCAGCCCUUCCCGCCUUUGGCAUACAGUGCCCUCAGCACAUCCACAUGACCACCCGAGGCAGCAAAUAUGAAUGGUGUGGUACCGAACUACAAUCAUGACACACAAAAUCAAUCGACACACUGAGGCGUCAGAGACAUGUGUGUGUGCUCUCUUACCUUGCUGCGUGCAUCGAGCAGUUUGGGAUCCCACUUCAGCAGCUGAUUAACGACCGCAAGAUGGCCAUUCCAGGCAGCGAAGUGCAUUGCAGUCCAACCAGUAUGCAUUCCAUCACACCCAACACACAUCUCCUCAUCACCAACUGCAGCACAAGAUGAUUUGUCUGUGAUAGUACGUCGUUUGUUUGCUGCAGUACGUCAGGUUUGCUCUCAUACAUGACCGACAUGACGCCUACGUGACCCUGACGGGCAGCCAUGAUGGAUUGGAAGAGCUGUUGGUGCGUGUGUAUGGCCUCCAUCCAGCUGGCGGUGAACAGGUGCGGCUCCUUGAUGUGCUGCAGGUCGUCGGGGCCGCCCUGCUGCACAGGCAGCAUCAGACGCAUGAACCGCUCGCGGAGAGGGCCCGUCGACACAGACAACGCAGACAGGCCUGAGCGCACAGCACAACACCCAGCUCUCUUUGUAUGUAUGGAUGACGCUAUUUGACCUUCUUUCGGUCCUGGUCGCGAUGGCUCGACGGCCAGCUGCUGCUCCCUCUCCCUUCUGUCCUCCGCAGGAGGGCUGUAUGGCUGCUGGGGCAUCGUUCCACGCUGCAU